UAAAUAUAUGGAUUAAAAUGAUGGUACUCGGGUGACAAAAGUACUUUUUUGUUUUUAACGAUUUCGAUGUAACCUGGUACAGAACACUUGUGUAAACGUACACAUAUUUAACAGGACGCUCAUAAGAAAGUUACUUGAGUGGCGAAACUAUAUCAUGGAUAUUUAAGCACUUAAUAAAAUAAAGUUUAUAGUUAAAAUAUGAGGAGGAAAGGAAAAGUGAUGAAUACAAAGAGCGUUAAAAGGCUGUAUAUGACACCAUUUUGAUCAAAAAUUCAUCUAUGACCAGCGCCUCACUAUACGAACAUAUCCUAGGCAAAUGAGAAGAGUGGAACCAUAUCAAAUCCUCAAUUCGGUGAUUUCAUAGGCAAAGACUUAAAGACAUUAAGAUGUGACUUCCAAAUAACAGUUCACCAUCAAAGCACAUCAAAACAAGACUGGAAUUGCGUUGCAUGGAAUGAUCCACCGGAUGAACAUGUAAUUGAACAAUGGCAGCCGAAUUUCGAUGGCUUCUACUUAUGUUAUUUGUGCAUAGUCAACACCUGAUUAAUGCACAACCAGGUAAUGCAAACUAUAUUCCAAUUGAUCAGAUUGAUCUCACAGGAAAGCUUGGACUUGUAUUCCAAGUCCAGGCAUGUGAAUCAGCGCAUGUCGUAUUGUCAGCCAUUUUCGGAGAUACCAACUCUCGAAUGUACGAGAUCUUGAUAUCAGGAUGGUCAAACAAAAAGUCUGUGAUUCGAGAUUGUAGAGGAGGAUGCGAUAGAGCUGGAUCACCGACAGAAGGUCUUCUGAAAUGCAAUGAAUCGGUGUCUCUGUGGAUCGGAUGGACAGAUGGAAACAUUGCUCUUGGGAAAGGUCGUGAAUUAGGGAUCGAUCCGCUGGUAGAAUGGCAAGAUAGCAGUCCUGAAUACAUCACUUCGUUUGCUGUUGGUACUACAAAUGGUGUCAAUGGAAUUUGGAAAUUCACACCCGAUGACAACUGCAGUUUGCCAUUGACCAGGAGUAUAUUAAGCAAUGGACAGGUCGCUUAUUCAUCGUCCUCGAGUGGUCUUCCAAGAUUUAACCAGAAUAAUGGAUGGUAUAGCCAUGGUUCGAGUACACCCUGGCUACAAGUUGAUGUGCUACAACCACAUAAAUUAACAAAGAUGGCGCUACAGGGGUAUGCUCCGGGGCAUUCCUAUUGGGUGAAAACAUUCCAAAUUCUUUACAGUGUAGAUGGAACCAAUUGGUUGUACUACAAUAAAAGGGAAAUUCAACAGGGGAAUAGCAAUGGGCACGAUGUUGCCAUUGUGGAUAUUACCGAUAAUAUAGAAGCACGGUAUAUUCGCAUACUUCCCAUAACGUGGAAUAGUCGCCCUGGAAUACGAAUGGAAAUUUAUGGCUGUCAAAAAGCAGAAUCCGAAAGAGAAUACACGCCUAUCGACGACGAUAUUUUGGAUGAGGAAGUCCUAUUCUUACAUCUCAGUCCGUAUAUUGUGUCAAGACUAGUUGCCAUCAGACCAGGUGGGACUCUUACAAUACAACCAGGCGUCAAAGUAAUAUUUACAACAGCUGAAGCUGGUUUUGAUGUGCAUGGUAAUCUUUUAGCUCAAGGGAUUGACAAUCUUCCUGUUGAGUUCACGGCUGAUGAUGCCGUGUCUGAAAUUUCAUCGCAUUGGACUGGACUAAUAUUUGUCUCUGGUGAUUCCUUACUACAACAUGCUUAUGUAGAAGGAGCGCGUGUGGGUAUCCAAGCAACAGGCUACUCCGUAACUCUAGAUCACGUGACCAUCACAAAAUGCUCAGCCGGGAUCAAAUACACCGACGGGGGAUCAUUCGCCAACUCAACAAUGAUAUCUGAUUCAUACAUAGGAAAUAAUGGCGGGCAUGGUAUUGAAUUUAAAGGGAGUCCUGCCCAUCCGUUUCUAUCUAUCACUCGGACUAUUAUAACGGGCAGUAAAAGCUCCGGCAUAUAUUGCAGAGACACACACGCAAAUAUCUCCAUCGAGGAUUCGGAGUUGUCACACAAUGCUCAAAGGGGUUUAGAAACGUAUCAAACCGUGGGGAAUAUCAAAAUACACAGGGCAGAAAUCCUGAGAAAUAGAAAUAAUGGGCUCUAUAUUUACAAAAUGAGUGGGAAUACCACAAUUGAAUCAACAAAAAUGAAACAUAACUACUAUUACACCAUAUAUUAUUACUCGGAUAACAAUUAUAGAGGAGGUCGUUUUCUACUGAUUAACAAUUCUUUUGUGGGAGAAAGCAACGGUCCCGAAUACUAUGCUGUAUAUUUGUACCCCAACACCUUUGAUGGAGACGAAAUACAAAUUGAUAGAAACGUGUUCAAGGACAUUGCAACCUCAUACCCUUCGUUGCAAAUAGAGAAUAACUAUAAACAGUCUGAGUUGAAUAUUACAAUAACAAAUAAUGUCUUCACCAACUGCUUCAAAUCAAUGUUGGUUAGGGCCUACCACAAGACAAACGUAUUUAUAGAAGACAAUACAAUGGAAAACAACAGAGCUGAUAGUCGGUACAUCGAUGUUCAGUUAACCAGUUCGAAUACUAAUGGAAGAUUCCAUAUUUUCAGGAACAAAUUUACAAACAUUGCUGCAUCCUCUUGGUUAUGGAUAGACACGGACAAUUUCAUAAUAGCAAACAAUUCUUUUGAACAAUUCAAAAGCGUUGAUCAGUGUGCAUUAUAUGUUUCUGUAUCUAAAACAGCUUUAAUCGUUAAUGUCCCAUAUUCCUAUUGGGGCUCGUCUGAUCCAGGUGAUGUGAAAGAUAGAGUAUGUGGCAACAGUAGGAAUAUGAAUCUUGCACAUGUCACUGUCUCGCCUUUUUAUACUUACCGCAAUCUGACCGAACUGAAUGAAGAUGAAGGAGUAGAUUUCUACUUUACUGAUUCAACGGGUGCCAUCGGCGGUGUGCUCUUGAACAACAAAACGAUUUCAUAUGUUUUCAACCAUACCUACCACGUUCGGCGCAGCAUCUUUAUACGCCGAAAUGCAACUCUCACUGUAGAAUCUGGGGUUCAACUGGCUUUUGGCAAGGGAAUCGGGAUUUAUCUAAUUGGUGCACUGCUCAUCGGAGAGUCUGGCAAUGGUGACACAUCGAUGAAAAGAAUGAAUCCCACGGGCAAAUGGGGAGGAAUUCGCAUCGGAUCACCUUCAUCUGUCGGUCUCCUCCUCAAUAAUGUACAGCUAGACGGUUCCACAUAUGGUGUUCACGGAUCAGGCAGGAACAUUUCUCUACAGGAUGUCACAAUCACGAAUACAGAGUAUGCCAUUUAUGUAUCUGAUACCAUAACCAAAUACCUUAACAUUGAUAUUACUAACAGUAGGAUCGACACAUCGUCUAACACUGGAAUUUACAUUCACACGUCAAAUAAUUUAGAAAUGAGAGAGUUCAACUUGACAAUAGAGGACGUGGUCAUCCGUAACACACGUGGUAGUGGAGCUGUGUAUAUCAAUGGAAAGGAUAGAAGUAACAGCAAAGCAUUUAUUGUAUUUGAAAAUGUAUCAAUUCAAGAUUCAACCAAUCAAGCUGUUUACAUUUACUACAGUGGUUACACAGAUAUCCAGUUUCGUGGUUGUGAAUUUUCGGAAUAUACAUCUUACGCCAUUUAUGCCUACAUAAGACAUGGUAUAUUUGAACUUGGAGACUGCAUCAUCAAAAACAGGCGUUACCAGUAUUCUCGUGAUAUAUAUUAUUUCACCGCGUGGACCAAUUCCGGACCAAGAGCUAUUUCAAUAUACAACAAUACCUUUAUGGACUUCAAUUCACGUUACAAUUAUGGAAUGGUUAUUAUUAAUACACAGGCUUCAAGAUCUGGUUAUGAAGAGUCUUCCAGCAUAGCGAUUGUUAACAACACAUUUCGAUCAACAAGCUCAAGCACAUCUGCUUUGGUUCUAUCAAAUAUUAAGUAUUUUUCUUCAAUCGCGAUAGAGGGAAACAUUAUACAUAGUAUGAGUCGUGUAGCGUGUGUUAUUGGAUUAAAAGCCGGGAUUGGAACCGUUGAUAUCAUUGGUAACGUAAUCUCCGAGAGUAAUGGAGCUUUAUUUCUGACAUCUGAACAAACAAGUGGCACAACCAUCAUGAAAAAUCAGUUCCUUUACAACUUUGGAAGCGACAAUGUCAUUAUCGAUCCAAGCAUAAGAAACAACUGUACUAUCAGCUACAAUGUCUUCUUAAAUAACAGCAACAACGCAAUGACCCUCAAAAGAGUCCAGUCGGGUACAUUGUUGAACUACAACUUGUUUGAUAACAUUAAAGGAGAACCCAAUUACAAUGUUAAGAUAAUCUCUUCAAAAGGUGGCCCUGAUAUAAAUGCCAAGUUCAACUGGUGGGGCAGUAAAGAGCAGUCACAAAUAUUGGCCAGUAUAUAUGACAACAAAAGAGACCCAUCCGUUGGUGUAUUAGACAUUUUUCCGUUUCUACUUUCACACAAUUUCUCAGACGUGUCAACUGAAGAAGAUUUUUUUCGACAAGAUGGUAGUAUUGGAGGAGAAAUUACGGGGAACAUAACUCUUAGAUGUGAUGACAGUCCAUAUGAUGUCGUGUCAGACAUUGUGGUUAUGGAGGAGGCGUCUUUGCUUAUUGAACCAUGUGUUGUGCUUAAAUUUGCCGAGAACAUUGGUAUUCGAGUAAAAGGUGAAAUCCACAUGAAUGGAACUGCAGAAAAACAAAUCCAAUGCAUACCCCGUACAUCUGUCGUCAAGUGGGCUGGUAUAAGUAUCACGACCGAGCGUGCUGCCAACGAAAAAGGAGGUAUCCGAUUGGUAGGUGAUACUGCAUCGGGAAGACUUGAGGUAUUUUAUAAUGGUCAAUGGGGCUCAGUUUGUGACGAUCAAUUCGAUACUCACGAUGCUAAGGUUGCCUGUAGGCAUCUGGGAAUGAGGUCUGAGGGAGCAACUUACAGAACAGUUGGUGGUGGUACAGGCCCUAUAUGGUUAGAUAACAUAGCAUGUGGUGGAAGUGAGACAACCCUAUUCGAAUGUAGACACAAUGGUUUUGGAAGUCAUAACUGCGGCCAUGGUGAAGAUGUUGGUAUCACUUGCGUCGGUUUAUUAAGCACAGCGAGUAGAAACCAAGUGUCUACAUUGAAACAUGUGCGCCUGCUUAAUACAACCUUUGGACUUCACAUCACAGGAAUCAUGCCUUCUGUUUUUCAACAUGUAGAAUCAUCCAGAUCAAGUCAGAAUGGAAUCACCUUUGAUGUACGUUUUUUGAUAGGAAACGUUUCAAAUGUUUUGUUGGAAAAUGUCAAAACAUCUGAAAAUCAUGGUAAUGGAUUAUUCUGGAAUGAGAAAUCUUACAGAAUGUCAAAUAUUGAAUUUGUAAACAUCAAGUCCACUAGAAAUCAAAAAUUUGGGUUAUACUAUACAGGUUCAUAUCAGAACAUAUCAGUGAUUAACAGUUUAUUGACUGACAACACAUAUGGAGCAGUAUAUUCUUCUCUUUCAACAUCAUCACUGAACAUUGAGUCUACAGAAAUAUCAAGAAACACACACGGAGCCCUAUACUCAAACCCUGCAUCCGACUCAGAGUUUAACUGCACUAUACGAGAUUGCAAUAUCACUUACAAUGGCAUUCCGUCUGAUACAUCAAAUAGUACAUUUUACUUCAGCCCAAAUGGACAAAGAUACAAUGGUGUGUUUUUUCAGAAGAACAGAUUCAUUCAAAAUACGGGGGGAAGGAUGAUACAUUAUUAUGGCCACACGGGAUAUAGCAGUCAACCUGUUGUAAUUUUGAGCAAUAACACAUUGUAUGAAAACACAGGAGUCGCAUUGUACAUGGAAUACAUAAGUAACAAUGCUAGAGUUUUAUUUCAUGACAACCACUUUGAAGGGAACAAUGCAAACCCUGCAGCAUCAGGAAAUAAUGCCUACAUGUUUUAUGGAACAUUACAAGACAGAGGAUCAUUUGACUUU